UGCCCAACAGCUCGGCCACGUCGAGCCUGCAGCUGUCGAUGUACACCUUCCUGGGCAAGCUGAUGGGGGUGGCCAUCCGCGGCCACCACUGCCUCAACCUGGACCUGCCCUCGCUGCUGUGGAACCCGCUGGUGCACCAGACAGUCACCUUGAAGGACCUCGAGGCCAUCGAUGCACUCUGUGCACAGACGCUCGACAAGGUGAGUGGAGUGAGUCGGGUGGUGUGUUGGUGUCAUGCGUGUGUGCACCGGAGGUGGUGGUGCAUCCUGUGUUGUGUCUUAUGUCGUGUGCAGGUGGCGAAUCUGGAGGGCGAGGGGGUGACGGAGGCGACGUUCCGCGACCUAAUCCCCUACACCUUCACGACGACCUCGUCUGACGGGCGUGUGGUGGAGCUGCUGCCCGACGGUGAGCACCGGCCGGUCGAGUGGCACACGCGGCACCUCUUCGUCAGCCUCACCAAGCAGUACAGACUCAAUGAGUUCCAGCAACAGGUACACUAGUCAGACAGAAAGGCAGCAAGAGGCAACGGGUCGGUCGUGUGGCAUGCAUGACCGUCCAUGUGGUGGUGUGUGGUGUGGUGUGGUGUGGUUUGUGUUGGGGUCAGAUCCGUGCGAUUCGCCGUGGGCUGCAGUUGGUGGUGCCGGUGCGGUUCCUGCACUUCUUCACCGGCAGCCAGGUGGAGCGGCUCGUCUGCGGCACGUCGACCAUAGACAUCGACACACUCAAGGCGCACACGCGAUACGUCGGAUACUCGGUCCGUCCACCCACCCACACCACACCAGACACCACACACCACAGACGACACCCCGUCUGUCUACCCUUUUCUCAUUUCACAAUUGUACAGGCGACCGACCAGGUCAUCCGCUGGUUCUGGGAGGUGAUGGAGGGCUUCCCGCAGAGGGAGCGGCAGCUGUUCCUCCGCUUCGCAUGGGGCAGGUCGCGGCUGCCUCUGCGGUCUGCUGGGCAGUGGGAGCAGGAGAUGGAGAUACAGCGGCCCUACCACCACGACAGACGGCCGCCCAGGUUCCAUCCGGGGCCUCCUGGUGCCGCUGCGGCUGCUGGUGUGCCACACGUGGACGAGGGCGAUGUGGGUGACGCGGGCGGACCGUCUUCAUCCGCUGCUGGUGGUGGUGGUGGUGUGGCGCCUCGGCGCGAGGACACCAUGCUGCCGUCAUCACAUACCUGCUUCUUCCAGGUGCGGACACCCGCACCUCACGGGCAUUCAUCACACUGGCUGAGUAUGUGUGUGUGCUGUGUGUACCUCUGUGUGUGUCAGGUUGACCUGCCGGCGUACUCGAGUGCGGCCAUCUUGCGGCAGAAGUUGCUGUACGCCAUCACAGAGGGCAUAGCCAUCGAUGCAGGUGGGGGGGUGUCAUGAGUGAAUGCCCAGCCAGAGGGGAAGGAGACACACACUUUCUCUCUCCCUCUCUCUCUCUGUGUCCACCACGCAGACCAUGCCGCCCAGGACAUCAAUUGGGAGAACGUCACUUAG